AUGUCUGGAGCUGCGGAUCGCGAGGCCGUCUUCCCUACACGGCAGUCCUUGGGUAUUAUGAAAGCCAAGCUCAAGGGCGCCGAGACGGGUCACAGCUUGCUCAAGAGAAAGAGUGAAGCUCUCACCAAACGUUUCAGAGAAAUCACCCGCCGAAUCGACGAAGCCAAGCGCAAGAUGGGCCGCGUCAUGCAGAUCGCCUCGCUCUCCCUCGCCGAAGUUACCUACGCCGUCGGCGGCAACAUCGGCUACCAGAUCCAAGAGUCGGCCAAGUCGGCGCGAUUCCGCAUCCGCGCCAAGCAGGAGAACGUCUCGGGUGUGCUGCUCCCCACCUUCGAGGCCUACCAGACCGAGGGCAACAACGACUUCGCCAUGACGGGUCUGGGCAAGGGUGGUCAGCAGGUGCAGCGGUGUCGCGAGACGUACGCCAGGGCGGUGGAGGCCCUGGUUGAGCUGGCUAGUCUGCAGACGGCGUUCGUUAUCCUUGAUGAGGUCAUCAAGGUCGUCAACCGAAGAGUUAAUGCGAUUGAGCACGUCAUUAUUCCUCGGACUGAGAACACCAUCAAGUAUAUCAACUCGGAACUUGACGAGCUUGACAGAGAGGAGUUCUACAGACUCAAGAAGGUUGCUGCCAAGAAGCAACGAGACAAUGCGGAAACCGACGCUCAGAUGAAAGCAAAGAAGGCAGAGCAGCAGCGGUUGGCCCUUGCGGAGGCUGAGAAUGCUGAAGGUGAACAAGCGACCGAAGCACCCGCAGCACCAGAAGCGACCGACCUGCCAGAAGAUACCCCUGCCGAUAUUUUGGCUGCCGAGGAGGACGAAGACAUCAUCUUUUAG